AUGAAAAACAAUGUGACUGAAUUUCUUCUUAUUGGACUGACCCAGGAUCCAACAAAGGGGAAAAUAGUAUUUGUCAUCACCUUGGCUUUCUACCUGGCCACUGUUUUGGGGAACCUGCUUAUCAUUGUCACCAUUAAAAUCACUCCUGCACUUGGGUCCCCCAUGUACUUCUUUCUGACCUGCUUGUCUUUUUGUGAUGCAUGUUUAUCCACCAUAACAGCUCCAAGACUUAUGGUAGACAGUCUGCGUGAGAGGAAGUCAAUCUCCUAUGAUGAGUGCAUGAUCCAGAUAUUUACAGGGCACUUCUUUGGCUGCAUGGAGAUUUUGAUCCUCAUCCUGAUGGCCUAUGACCGCUAUGUGGCCAUCUGUAAACCUCUGCACUACUUGACUAUCAUGAGUAGGAAGGUAUGUAGUAUCUUGGUGGCAUUAGUCUGGUUGGCAUCAUUUGUGCAUUCUGUUGCCCAGAUCGUUGUUGCCUUGAGUUUACCCUUCUGCGGACCCAAUUUAAUAGACAACUAUUGCUGCGAUUUGCAACCCUUGUUGAGAUUGGCCUGUACUGACACAUAUAUCCUCAACCUCUUGGUUGUUUUUAACAGUGGAGCCCUCUGUAUAGUGAGCUUUAUAAUGCUAAUGAUCUCCUAUACUGUUAUCUUAUAUUCUCUAAGAAAUCACAGUAAAGAGGGGAGGUACAAAGCUCUUUCCACCUGCAGCUCUCACAUCAUGGUUGUCUUCAUAUUCUUUGGCCCCUGUAUAUUCAUAUACAGUAGGCCACUGAAGACUUUUGCUGCAGAUAAGAUGGUGGUUUUAUUUUAUGCCAUUGGAGCACCUUUCCUCAACCCUUUGAUCUACACACUGAGGAAUAAAGAAGUUAAAACUGCCAUGGGGAAAUUGUGGAGCAGCAGGAAAACUUUACACAAAAAACAAUGA